UGGAGCUGGGACCGAAGAUGGUUCCGAUUCUCCUCGCGGCGGUUCUCUCCCUGACGGCGGAGGCGGCGGCGGAAGGAGUGUCGAUGCAGAAGCUGACGUGGCAUUACUACAAGGUCCACAACACGUGCGAUGAUGCCGAGGCUUACGUCAGGCACCAGGUUGAAAAGCUUUACAAGAACGACGCGACCAUCGCUCCGAAGCUCCUUCGUCUGGUUUACUCCGACUGCUUUGUCUCCGGAUGCGAUGCAUCGAUCCUUCUAGAAGGCCCGGACUCGGAGCGAACGGCGCCGCAGAACAGAGGACUAGGAGGUUUCAUAAUGAUAGAUAAGAUCAAGCAGGUCUUGGAGCAAAGAUGUCCGGGCGUUGUCUCUUGCGCCGAUAUCCUUAACCUCGCCACUCGAGAUGCACUUCAUAUGGCGGGUGCACCGUCUUACCCGGUGUUCACCGGGAGAAGAGACGGUCUGAAAUCAGACAAGCGAGCUGUGGACCUUCCAUCACCUUCCAUCUCCUGGAACCAAGCCAUGUCUUAUUUCAACUCCAAAGGCCUGAAUGUCCUGGACAUGGCCACUCUCCUAGGAUCGCAUUCCAUAGGCAGGGCAAGGUGCAGCUACGUCGUGGAUCGUCUCUACAACUUCAACAGAACCGGAAAACCAGACCCCGCCAUGGACGAGUCCCUGCUGUCUGAGCUGAGAUACCUUUGUCCGCCCAGGACAGAGAAAGGCCAGACCGACCCGCUUGUGUACCUGAACCCAGACUCAGGCUCGAGCCACAGAUUCGGAAGCUCGUUCUACUCCAGGCUCCUGUCGAAAAAAGCGGUGUUGGGCAUCGAUCAACAGCUGUUGUUUAACGACGAAACCAAGGAGAUAUCGGAGGAAUUCUCAGAGAGUUUCGAGGAUUUCCGGAAAUCGUUUGCUCUCUCCAUGAGCAGGCUUGGGUCCAUAGACGUGCUGACUGGAAAUGAAGGCGAGAUUCGCAGAAACUGCAAGCGUAUAAACUAGAUAAACUCUAUAUAUAAGUUAUAUAUAUAUAUAUAUAUAAUGAUGACAUGUUUUGGUUUUUAUAUAAGUUAUAUAUAUUAGAUUUUAUACCACCAACUCGGCUUAUUACGUGUACUGUAGUUCUAUCCUGUGUUUUCUGAAGUUAUGUAUGUUCCAAUA